ACAUGUUUUGCGUUUAAUUUUAGAUUUCAUCAUGGGGGACAUGAAAACCCCGGACUUUGAUGACCUUUUGGCUGCUUUUGACAUCCCAGACCCGACUAGCCUUGAUGCCAAGGAGACCAUUCAGUCAACUGGUGAGGACAAUGAAAAUCACCUGAAGCCAUCUGGAAUAUGUAUAGAUGAAAAUGUGUCCUUGUCCCACUCAGUGCCAGCUCCUGAUACGCCUGUUGUGAGUGUUAUUGUGAAAAACACAAGUCGUCAGGAGUCCUUUGAAGCAGAAAAGGAGGGGAAUCACCUUGGACCUGGUCUGUUACACAAUGGAUUCCGUGCAUCUGAUUUGCCCUCAGAGCCUCACAAUUUAGUGCACCAUUAUGGGAAAUUUGAUUCGGCCUUUAUCAAUGGUGAUAACUCAAGAAACUACCCAGAAAAACUGGACCAAUCAAAGUCAGAGCCUUUACCAACAUUCAGUCAGUUCAGCCCUAUCUCUAGUCCAGAACCGGAGGACUCAUUCAAAGAGAACAAUAUUAGCGAUAAACCAAAACAUGCCCAAACUCUAUAUUUCCCAGCACCUCAAAUGUAUAUUCCAACUGGGGCUUCUGCUCUAGAUCAUCUUCGGACGUUACCAGAGCCAGAGUUAAGUAUGUUUGAUCAAUAUUGCAAAAAGGAACAAAAGAUGGAAAUUCACUGCCACCAAGAAAGUCGGCUGGAUAUGAACAGAAGAGAACAGGAGAAAACAACAGAGAAGUUUGUAGAGUCCAGUAAAGAUCUGGUGGAUACCAACAGCUUCCUUGGAGAAGGUUUGACAUUUGGAAAUCUCCACAACAAUAACUUGGGGGAAAGCAAAGUGUCUAUACCUGAUGUGAACAUCUCUUCUUCAGUCCCGCCUCGCCAGCGUCUAAAGCCAACCCACUCCAAGUUGUCCUCUUGUGUUGCUGCAUUAGUAGCUCUGCAGGCCAAAAAAGUUGCAUGUAUCCCAAAAGACGAUCAAGCAAGUCUUACAAAAGAACCUUCUGGUUCUUUUAAAGAUGGUAUUAAGGGCAGUCCCAAAAUGCCCAAGUCACCAAAGAGUCCAAGAAGCCCCCUUGAGGUGGUGAGAAAGACCAACAAGCAGCCUGAAAGUCCUCGGAGCGUGUGCAGUGAUAGCAGUGGAAAAGGCUCUCCUUCCAUGGCAGCUGGCUCUCCGCCAGCCAUUCCCAAAGUUAGGAUAAAGACUAUUAAGACAUCCUCUGGUGAAAUUAAAAGAACUGUUACUCGGAUUUUGCCAGAAAGUGAUGAUCUGGGCAAAUCUUCUGAAGAAUCACCUGCAGAAAGCUUAGCUACUGAAGAAUUUAUUAAAUCCUUUCCUUCACCUGAUACCAGUGCUGUUAUAGAAAAUGAGGCAAACAAGACUUCCACAAAAAAUGGAGCCACUGUGACUAUUCAGGUGUCAAAUGUAGCAAGCCCCCUGGUUGAUGGCAUGAAAGUAGAUAUUGCCGCAAACAGCACAUCCACUGCAUCUUUGUCUCCCGUGUCCAACUGUAGCAGUGGUGCCAUAAAAAUAGGUGCUAUCAGUCAGCAGCCCGGUAAGAGGCAACAGCAGGGCAUUGCAAUACAGCCAUCUAACUCGACCACUUCCAGCCUUCUUCCCAAGGCGAUACAUUUGGCAAAUCUCAAUUUAGUCCCACACAGCGUUGCUGCUUCCGUUGCAGCAAAAUCAUCUGUGCAAAGACGAAACCAGCCUCAGCUAACGCAAAUGACAGUGCCACUGGUUCAUCAAGUAAAGAAAGCUGCUCCUGUAAUUGUGGAGGCAUUUAAUAAAGUACUACAUAGUGCCAAUCCUGUGCCAAUAUAUACUCCAAACCUCAGCCCACCAUCUGACAGCAGUAUUCAUUUACCUACAUCUGGGUAUUGUUGCCUAGAAUGUGGGGAUUCAUUUGCCUUAGAGAAAAGCCUAACUCAACAUUAUAGUAGGCGAAGUGUCCACAUUGAAGUAAUGUGCACUCAGUGUUCAACGGUGCUGCUCUUCUUUAAUAAGUGUAGUUUGCUUAAACAUGCAAGAGAUCACAAGAGUAAAGGGUUUAUCAUGCAGUGUUCUCAGCUGUUAAUGAAACCAAUUUCCAUAGACCAAAUGUUUUCACCCUCUCCUACAAGCUCUUCAGUGUGUUUGGCUCCUCAAACUUUGCACUUGUCGUCUUCUUCAUGUAAAUCCAGUGCUACAUUGGGAAGUGGUAUGGGAACAUCUACCAACGUUCAACCAGCCAUGCCUCUCUAUACGGACCCAUUGCGGCUAAUCCGUCAGGGACUGAAGUGUCUCGAAUGUAACAAGCAGGCACCAGAUUAUGUUGCUUUAGCAGCACAUUACCAGAGAACUUCAGAAGAUAAUGAGGGACUGACAUGUCAAGUGUGCCAGAUGAUGCUGCCUAACCAGUGCAGUUACUGUGCUCAUCAGAGAAUCCAUGCUCACAAGUCCCCUUACUGCUGCCCAGAGUGUGGGGCAGUGUGCCGAUCAGCCUAUUUCCAAACCCACGUCAAGGAGAACUGCCUCCAUUACUCUCGCAAAGUUGGAUUCAGGUGUAUCCACUGUGGAGUUGUCUUCACAACGCUUGCAAUGCUGAAAGUGCACAUUCAUGAGAAACACUGCGAAGUCUUCCACAAGUGUUCUUUUUGUCCAAUGGCCUUCAAGUCUGCAGACACCACUGCUGCUCACAUCACUAGCCAGCACCCAACAGAGUCUCACAAGACUACUCAGGUGAUCUACAAAUGCUCAUGUGAGACUGUUUUCAACAAGAAACGAUUGCUGCAGGAGCACUUCCAGCAGAAUGCCAACAAACUGUUGGUGGGAGUAUUUAAGUGUCCACAGUGUCAGUUGGUGUAUAUGCAGAAACAGCAGUUAAUGCAGCAUGUCAAGAGUGUUCAUGGAGUCCCCCAAAAUCCCGAGGAGCUCUCUAACCUUCGACAGAAAUCUGAGACAACAUCAAGCAACCAAGUUCGUACACCACCAAAGGAACAGACAAUAGCCAAUGGUACUUCCCAUGCCUCCUUGCCAAGGAAGGACACAAGAAGGCAACACAACCCAGAAUCAAAGCCCAAGUUGAGAAAAACUGGUUGGACUUGUAGGGAAUGUUCACAGUGGAUCCCUGAUCGGGAAGCCUAUGUGUCCCAUAUGAAGAAAAGCCAUGGAAAGUCUAUGAAGAGAUAUCCCUGUCGGCAGUGCGAGAGUUCAUUCAAUGCCUCCAACAGUCUGCGCAAGCACAUUCGCAAUAAUCAUGAUACAGCAAAGAAAGUUUACACGUGCUGGUACUGCACAGAUGAAAAUCAAACAUUUCCUCAGCCAUUCAUGCUGGAAAAUCACAUCAGCCUCAUGCAUGGCAUUAAAAAUCCAGACCUAUCCCAGAUGUCCAAAGCAAAAGCUCCAGAGAGAAACUCAACAGAAGCAAAAUCUCCAAAGAGAAUGUCUGCAGGUGAACUGGGGCAGAUGGAAACCACCGCAAGAUCUGACGCUCCACCAGCCAAAAAACUGAAGGCACACUGGAAAUGUGCUAAAUGUGGAUUUGCAACAGACACCAAUACUGAAUUUCAGGAACACAUACCUCAGCACAAGACAGACAGCUCCACUUACCAGUGCUUGCUCUGUGGCUUGUGUUAUACAUCUAGCAUCUCUCUGAACAGACACCUCUUCAUUGUUCAUAAAGUAAAAGACCCAGAGGAGGAGGAGGAAGAGGAGGAGGAGGAGGAGGAAGAGGAGGAGGAGCAGCAGCAAGAGGAGGAGGAGGAGGAAAGAGAGAAGUUAGAUAUAGAGAUGAAUGAGAAUGGACAUGAAGAGUAUAAUGGUGAGAUGAACACUACAGUGGAGGAAGAACAUAGUUUGAAAUGCAAAGUGUGUGAGACUGAAUCAACACUUUGUGGACACAGUCAGCUGUGUGGCACGGAGGAUCCCAAUAGCAGUUCUCAGAACAAUCAUUCAGAGUCUCUUAAGAUUUAAAAGGACAGUUUUUAUGUGGAAUGUUGGGUGGGAAUAGGGCAAAUCUUUGAAAUAUCCUGUUGAUUUCUUGGGAUGGACUGUGCUUUCCAUUAACUUUUAUUUGUAAGGGAAAUAAUAAUAAAAAAAAAACUGCCUCCACCUCCAUAGCACUAAAUCUCUGCCAGAUCAGAGAAGUGAAAAGGGAAAGCAGGGCAAGGAUCCCCUACUGGAACUUGUCCAACUCUUAAGGAUCAAGGAGCACUUUCUGCAACCUGUUUCCUUUCCUCAAUCAAGCUCUCUUCCAUUGAGUGUGCACUGCCUCAGCCUGACCUCCCUUAGCCUUGCCUUUCUUUUUUCUUUUAAUUUCCUUCCAGUAUUUAUGAUUUAAAGUCCUCUUCCAUUUUAUAAUGUGAUCCAAACAACCAUACAUCAAGCAGAUUAACCCAUCAGGACUGUACAAUUUUGUGCUAAAGCCACCUCCAUCAUGCAGCAGAUGUGAGCUGGAGGUUUUCCUUAGCCUGCAUUGUGCUGGUUGAUUUUUCCCUAGAGGUAUUCUUGUAUCCCUGCAAAUGUGACUAAACUGGUGUUUUCUAAAUUGAAAUCAGCCUGGACAAGAUUUUGUGCCACCAGGAUCAAUUAAAAAAAAUUAAUAGAAAUAUUCCUAAUUCCUUUAAAUAUUUUAAAUGAUCUGAGCUGAAGGUCACACAUCACAAAUUGACAAAGGCCUUGUCUAUUCUGGGGAUUUGCUGUUUUUUCAGAGUCUUUGGUGGUCAAGCAUCAGUUUAGUUGCAUUGCAACAAACCCUACUGAAGACUGGUAGAGCCAAAAUAAGCUGUAUCUGUCACCUGUGUAGUUUACCCCCGCUCCAAACCAGGAUGAAGUUGCACAAGUACGUACUGCAGCAUAUGAUACAUUUGCCUUUCUGCAUUGCGGUUACUUAUGAGUACACGACUAGCCCCCAGUGACUGAAAUCCACAGAAUAGACAAAUGGAACCUGCCCGUGGCUGUAUCAGCUGGAGUGGACUCGACUAUACGCUUCCAAUCCUGUCAACUAAAAUCUCUCUGUAACAAAAAUGUACUUAAUCUACUUUUGUUUGUUAGCUCCCUAUUUAGGAAGCAGAUACUGCAGUUAUAGUGAGACCGGUCUAUCUGAUGACACCAUGUUGUGUGGCCCCAUUCUUCUAUGCAUAACCUAGCAAACUCGAUCUCCCGCAACUGCUAGCAGCGGCAACUUGUGUGGCAUAGAGAGUUCUACAUGUUUGAUCAGGCAAGGAAGAGCGGUUCCCACAGCGGUGCUGGUAUAUUUGAGAGACCACCGUACUGUAAUGCUUCAGAUUGCUCUAGCUCCUUUGAUAGUAGAUCUCCCACCUUUACUCAAUUUUAUAAAUUACUUUGGAGACUUUUUAUUUCCAUGUAGUCAUAUUGACUCUUCCCCUUCCCCCCUUCCACACAGUUUCCUCAUGCAUUCUCUUCACUUGCUUUGUGUAAUGUAAUUACUUCUAUACAGUUUUUAUGUUGAGCCAGAAUCUUGCUCGUUAUUGUUUACUAUGACAAUGUUUAAAUAAUUUAAAAACUAUUUAUCUUAUUGCAUUUGAAUUGCUCACUUUCUUGUCUCAAUGUGUUUUGAUACAAACAGUUUGGACUCUUUGUAUUUUUUGAUACUGUGUACUUUAGCCUAGGGAAUGUUUUACAAGGUAGCCGAUGUAGAGUACCAAUAGCAGGGGUCACUCCCAAGCCAUCACAUAUCUAUUUAAUCUGCAGUGGCAUUUGUGCCUUGCUAUAAUGUUUACUUCAAAAUAUUUCAAAUAAAAGCAUCCAACAAUGCA